CACCUGGAGAGAGGGCCCAAGUUGGCCCAUGCUUGCCCUAGGUCCACCUCAGUCAUGAAUAAUAGAAGAGCCAGUGUGGCGGACCGCUUUCAGCCUUGGCCCCAUCUACACUGCCAUAUAGCCCAGUUUCUGAAUCCCAGCGAUCUGCUUUGAACUGGGUUGUAGGGCAGUGUAGACGCAGCCCGUUUCAUUGGUCUUCUGCCAUGGUUGCUGUGAGUCGCAGGAGAGGAAUCAAGUGACUCAAAAGAAGAGGGUCCACUUCCCCGGCCGAAGCCCAGCGGUGGUGGCGAGCAAGGCCAACUCUCUCAGCCUUUCCUUGCCCAGGAAGCCCAAGGAAACCCGAGAAGUGGGUCACGCAGAGUUGGAAACCUCCGUUGCCUUCAGUGCAAAAGUCGGGCGCGACGUGCGGCGGCGGCGUGUCCUUCCCCGUGGAGGUUCCCCCAGUCCCCGGCCACCCGCGAGUUCCAAAGGGCAGAUUCCACGCCACGAGAACAAUCGCGGCGCCGAGGGAGAGAGGGAGGAGGGGGGAGAGGUCGUUGCCCCAGAGAAGCGCCUCCUUCCCUCCCUCCCUCUCUCUCUCUCCUGCCCUUCUUCCCCGUGUCAAAGGCUGCUCGGAAGCGCUCGGGCUGUUUGGACGUGACCACCGGAGGCAGCCCUAAGACAAGCCCUCGGGGGAAGGUGAAAUCCUUUUAUUGUUUCCACCCGAAGACACAUAGGAAAAGAUGUCUUACUUAAUGAAAAAAGUUCUAAAAUAUAGGUCUGCCAGUCAUCUUCACAAUGUCGGAAGAUUAUUUAGUAAAAUACAAAUGCUAAGUGGUUCUAAAGCCUUCAGUGGUCAGAAUAUGAGAAUACAAGCAUUUUCUCAGGCCAGUUCUGAAAAAACAGACUCUUUCAGUUAUGUGAUAGUUGGAGCCGGAUCCGCAGGGUGUGUCUUGGCCAAUCGGUUGACUGAAGAUCCUCACAGCACUGUUAAACUGCUGGAAGCAGGGCCAAAAGAUACCAUUUUAAAUAGCAAACUAUUACUGUGGAAGAUUCAUAUGCCUGCUGCCUUGACCUACAACCUGUGCGAUGAAAAUUAUAACUGGUAUUACCAUACCACACCACAAAGGCACAUGGAUAACCGUAUCAUGUACUGGCCCAGAGGAAGAGUGUGGGGUGGAUCAUCCUCUCUCAACGCCAUGGUUUACAUCAGAGGCCAUGCAGAAGAUUAUAACAGGUGGAGUAAGGAAGGGGCUGUUGGUUGGGACUAUGAGUUCUGUUUGCCGUACUUUAAAAAAGCACAGACUCAUGAACUGGGUCCUGACACUUAUCGAGGUGGGAACGGUCCACUCCAUGUAUCAAGGGGCAAAACCAACAACCCCCUUCACCAUGCAUUCUUGGAUGCCGCCCAGCAAGCUGGGUACCCUUUCACAGAGGAUAUGAAUGGUUUUCAGCAAGAAGGUUUUGGCUGGAUGGACAUGACAAUACACAAAGGUCUCAGAUGGAACACAGCUAGUGCCUACCUUCGCCCUGCAUUAUCACGUCCCAACUUGUCUGCAGAAGACAGCACAUUUGUAACAAAAAUUUUGUUUGAAGGCACCAAAGCCAUUGGCAUUGAAUAUAUUAAAAAUGGAGAAAAGAAAAAAGUUUUUGCUAGCAAGGAAGUCAUUUUAAGUGGGGGUGCCAUAAAUUCUCCACAGCUCCUUAUGCUCUCUGGAAUUGGAAAUGCAGAUGAUCUCAAAAAAUUAGGAAUCCCUGUUGUAUGUCACCUUCCAGGAGUUGGACAAAAUCUUCAAGAUCAUUUAGAAGUAUAUGUACAACAGAAGUGCACUCAGCCGAUAACACUGUAUAAGGCGCAAAAGCCUCUUCAAAUGAUCAUGAUUGGCCUUGAAUGGUUCUUGAAAAGUACAGGUAAGGGAGCCUCUGCUCACUUGGAGACUGGUGGAUUUAUUAGAAGUCGGCCAAAAAUUUCUCACCCAGAUAUUCAGUUCCACUUCCUCCCUUCUCAAGUCAUUGACCAUGGACGUGUUGAUUCCCAGAUGGAGGCUUACCAGGUCCAUAUUGGUCCCAUGCGAAGUACCAGCGUGGGAUGGCUGAAGCUGAAAAGUGCUGACCCCAGGGAGCAUCCUAUCCUUGAACCAAACUAUUUGUCUACAGAAAUAGAUGUCUGGGAAUUACGGCAAUGUGUGAAGUUGGCUAGAGAGAUCUUUGCUCAGAAAGCCUUUGAUAAAUUCCGUGGGCCUGAAAUUCAACCUGGAGACCAUGUUCAGUCAGAUGAAGAAAUUGAUGCUUUCAUACGAAAAAAGGCUGAUAGUGCCUAUCAUCCUUCCUGCACUUGUAAAAUGGGACAGAGUUCUGAUACGACUGCUGUAGUGGAUCCCCAGACCAAAGUUAUAGGAACAGAAAACCUCAGAGUGGUCGAUGCGUCAAUAAUGCCUAGUAUUGUCAGUGGCAAUUUAAAUGCCCCAACUAUCAUGUUAGCAGAGAAAGCUGCUGAUAUAAUCAAGGGUGUGCCCUCACUGCAAGAGAAAAAUGUGCCUGUAUAUAAACCCAAAACUCUGGAAACCCAGCGCUAACUACCGCCUGUUUUGUGUCCAGGAUGCAGACGUUUCUCACAGUAUAUGAAUCGUGUCCUUAACUUUGCUGUGAGAAUAAAUAUAAAAAGCUCUGCCUUAUUUCAUAGCCACUAAUAAGUUUUAUUUGGCAUACAUUUUUGUGGCCUGCAAUCCACCUCUUCAGAGAACUUAUUAGUGUGUGUUUUUCUGUAGAGUUCUAUAGCUUUGUUGUCUUGUUGUCUUUUUAAUGUUAACUUCUUUUAUAAUAACAAAUCCAAAGCCACUUCCAGUUGCAGCCAACUGAAGUGAUGAGAUGUCUUAUAGAAGUUACUUAGAAUGAGUUGAUUAUACUGCCUUGUAAUAACAACUUAUCUCAGAAACUACUGGGCAAAUGACACAAAAUUUAUCAUUAUGUUUGCUGAUUAUUUUUUUGUUAUUGUUUGAAGCAUGUAUAUCUUGCCCUGCAACCCAGACAGUUGCCUAUGUUGCCUGCUAAUAGUUAAUUUGGCAGCUGCAUUUUUCAAGAUUACAAUAUAAGUAAGAUGUCACACAAGGAAAAGAGAUAGACAUGGGUGUCUUGUGAUGGAGCUGAUCUGUCAUCAUGAAUUGAGAUAUAAAGACUUGGGAGUAUGACUAGAAUAUUGGGGGGGGGGGUUCCUCUCUGUCUCUUCAUUUUAGGGGGGAUGCUUGGAAACAUGGGAGCAAAUUGUGCCUUUUCCAGCAUUUUGCAUCUCUAAUCUUGAAUUUUCUUUCAAAUAGCUAGAAAAACAGUUAUCCAAGCUGGGCUGAAAUUUAACCUUCUUGCUUAUUCUGAGUUAUAGGUGAAAUGGAUGUUAGCAUGCUUCCUCAGAUCUAGCUAAGUAAGACUAAUGGUUUUAUUUUUGUGUUUCUUCAAGCCAUUUCUAAUCUAUAGCAAUCCUAUUAUGGAGUUUUCUUGGAAAGGUUUAUUCAAAUGGGGUUUGCUAUUGUCUUCCUGUGACUGAGAGACAUGUCCAAAGUCUGCCAGUUGGUUUCCAUAGCUUGAGCAGAGAUUCAAACCCUAGCCUUAGUCCAGUGCUCAAACCACUACACCAAGCUGGCUGUGUGCAUCCAAGAAAAAAAAAUCUUGACAACUUCCAUUGAAAGUCAUGAAAGGGGAUUUAUCUUCUUCCUUGCUAUCUUAAUCCCAAUGAGUUUUGCUUGUGAUCCAAAUGAUUCUUCUUUGUUACAAUAAUAUCUUUGCACUGGAUCAUAUGAAUAAUAUGAUGUAAUUUAGACAAGUGUUCUCAGGUAAUGUUUAGUUCAAAAAUAAAGAAAGAAAAAAAAGAGGAAAAUGAGAUAAUCAAAGUAUCUCAGUUGUACUCAUCAGCCUGUUGUUAUUUCAUGCUUGACAUGCUUUCAGAGAUCUCUAUCAGCUGUGUAGAAAAUAUGUCACUUUAAUAUUUUUAUUGUUUUAUUUUCCACUUCCAAAGAACCUUGUAGAUCAAUAAAAAACAAAACUGUCA